GAAAACAAGACUUGUUUCUUCGUUCAGAAAUGGCGGGAAGAAUUGUUAAAAUGGCUAAGCUGCACAAAGCGCGCACAUACCAAGUUCUUACUUAUAAGUUGAAUGUAAUGUCCAGUUGACAGAUAAAGAUUUUUUUUUAAGUAUGAUUUUGUUCAGUAAUUAACGUGAUAAGCUUAUCUAUUUAUCAAGUAUGCGUAAUUUCUGUUUUCAUUGUAAUUAACGAAGGUUAUAAUUGAAUAUAACAACUAUAAUUUAAGAAAAGUAUUAAUUAUAUUUAUAUAAGUAUUAUACAAAACUUAAAAAGUUUGGUUUAAACAAUUUAAAAUGGAUAAUGACAGUGAUUCUGACGUAGACGACGUGUUAAAUGAUCUUCUAGCUAUUGGCGAAGAAAACACACAGGACUCAUCGCCCAAAAAAACUUUAAAAGAAUUAGAUUUUAAUUUUGUAGAUAGUGUGCCUAAAACAAACGAUGAAGAAAAUGAAUCGAAUAAACAAGAUAAAAGUGAAGUAUAUGAUGAUACACUCGAUUCUUCGGACGAUGAAGAUAGACGUUAUUUUGAAGAACAGAAGUAUUCUAACUAUGGACGUGAUAUAAAAUCAUUAUUAAAGAAAGAAGGAUCUAACCAAAAUGAGAACAGACCUCGUGCAAUAAGUUCAAAAGCAUUUGAUUUUAGUGCUACAAACAAAAGCACAGCUAUAAGUACAACAACCAAUAACAAUAAUACUAAAUCAAAAGAUGUUUAUAGCGAUCCAUUUUUUGGAUUAAGAAUUAUUAAUCCAAUGGUGUCUUCAGCAGAAUUAACAUCACGUAUGAAUGGUAAAAUACCAGUAACCGUAUCAAAAAUGAAGUAUCAUCUUAAUUCAGAGAAUAUAGAAAAAGACUGGGUAAUUGCUGGUGUAGUAAUAAGUAAAUCACCUCCAAAAACUUCUAAAAAUGGAAGCUCAUAUUCUAUAUGGAAGAUAAGUGAUUUGUCUGAUACUAUAAAUACUGUGAGCCUUUUCAUGUUUAGUACCGCAUAUAAAUCAUUUUGGAAAACUACUGUUGGAACUGUUAUAGGUGUUCUGAAUCCUAAUAUUCUAGAAUCUAAAGAUAAUAUAGAUCAAGCUACAUUGUCCAUCGAUAAUCCACAAAAAGUCAUGAUUUUAGGUACAUCCAAAGACCUGGGAAAAUGUAGGUCAAGAAAAAAGAAUGGAGAUCCGUGCAGUUCUAUUGUAAACUUAAGCCGUUGUGAAUUUUGUUUGUAUCAUAUUAAACAGGAAUAUAAGAAAUGCUCCACUAGAUCAGAACUACAAGCAUAUAGUAACACACAGAAAUUCUCUGUAGAUAUGUUAAAGAAAGACAAACCAAAGAAAUCCCUUAAUUGCAACAUGCCAGAAUUUAAUGCUAUUGUUGCUGUAAAAAGUAAAAAGUUACAGGAAAAAGAUGCUAAACGUUUAGCAUUAUUGUCAGGAAUUAAUAAACCUGAAAAUUCAGCUAGUACAAAAUUAGCAUAUGAUAUGAAAGAUAAAAUUCUAAAAGAAUCAUUGGCACAACAAAUACAAAAGAACAUGGAAAAAUUAAAAGAGUCAAGGGGAUGGAGAGCUACAGUAUUGUCCCAAGCAUCUAAUGAUAUAUCAUCAUCAUCAUCAUCACCACCUACAUUGUCACAAUUGAAUAAAUCAAAGAAACAAGAUUUAAGUAUGCUAUCGUCGUCUUCACGGCCCCGUUUAGGUCUCGGUUGUCAAGGAGGAACGAUAGAUCUGUCAGAACCUAUAACUAAAAAACAAAUGAAUGUAGCGAAAAAUAAUGCAAUUAAAUGGGUUCAAAAAAAUGGAAAAAUUAAACCUAGUGAUCCUAAUAAAAUACGACUAAACAAAGAAGAUAAAUUAAAGAAAGGGAAGAAACGAUCAAGAGAAUCGGAAAAUGAUGAAACUCAAGAAGCAAAGAAACCAAACGUGAUAUCAGAUAAAUUUAAAGAAUUGAUGCAGACUAAGUCUGCCCAUACUGAUCUUAUUGAAAGAUCUUACCAAGAGGAAGAAGAAAAAUAUUUCAACAAAUUAGAAAUGAAAGAAAGAAUGGAAGAAAAAAUGUUGAAUACCUAUAAGGUUUCUUGUAAAGCUGUUAAAUGUUUAAUAUGUAAAUAUACAUCGUUCUCUGCUUCCGACAUGUGUAAAGAGCAGAAACAUCCAUUGCGUGUUAUAGAUGCAACUAAAAGAUUUUUCAAAUGUACAGAUUGUGGAAAUAGAACAGUAAGUUUAGAUAGAAUACCUUCGCAUAGUUGUAUAAAAUGCAGUAGUUCGAAUUGGUCAAGAGCUGCAAUGAUGGAUGAGAGAAGAACAAAUGUUGCUGUUACCGCGUUAUCUAUACGAGGCGAUGAAGAAACUUUUAUGGGAUCGAUGACUAAAGAUGCCAAUCUUAAUCUUUUAGUACCAGAAAAGGAUGACAAAUAACGUCAUGUAUGCUCAAUAAAUUAAAAUUUAUAAAAUACAUACAUGUAAAGAGUGACAUCUUUUUUCUACAGUUUUGUAUCCAGUCGUCUUUUAUACUGUCUCUUAUAAAUACAAGUAACUACAUUUGUGUGGUUUUAUUGUCCUUAACACAGUAUUCUUUGAUUUUAUAAAAUAUACAAAUAUAAAAAAACUCUAAAUGAUGUAACUGUUAUAUGUAUACAACAAUUACAGAAAUAAUAAAAGGAAAUAAAUACAUUCAAUUGUGUCCAUCCAAAUAUACACAUUAAGCAAGAAUAUUUAAAUACAAAUAGGUGUUAAAAUGAUAUCAAAUAUGUCCCAUUGUAUAAUUUUUUUUUUUAUUAUACCAAUUCCUUCUUCGACCAAUAUGAAUCUAAUAAUGCACUAAAUAAGAUAAUUUUCUUCUAUUCAACAGCACCUCAUGGCAUAAGCGAAUAUAUCUUACAGAUAAUUUAAAACCGUUUCUUCUUUGUAAUUUCAUACGAUUAAAAUUUAUCUAUAAAUAUAAAAAGGGAGAGUAUUAACGAAAUUGUAAAGACGUUCUAAUCGGAAUCCGGAAAUAUCUCUCAUCGUUGAUUAGAGCAAAUACAGUGAAUGCUAUUUGUCUAUUUUACUAAUCUAUUUUUAACUAUAUUUCAGUUGCAUGAAAUCCAUGAAAGUUAUGGUGAUAUUUCCGGGUUCUAAUAGCAACUUGUUUGCAUGAGAAACAUAGACUGUAUUUUCCACUUCUUCUUUUUCAUAUUCUAUUCUACUUAGAUUUUCAUUCAAUUUUGAUAUUAACGAUACGUCAAUCUUUUUCCAUCCAUAAAUUUUGAAUAAUUGCGUACGUGAAAAAAGAGAGAUUAGAAAUAAUGAAUAAAGAAUCUUUACUUUUGUACUAGCAAGCAGGAUAAGAGUACAUACAAUUGUAAUUAUAUUAUAAAUAAUAAUUAGAUAGAUUAGAUGUAUAAUAAAAGGAAAUAUGAAUUUUGUAUGUUUGUAAAUUAAUAAUUUGAGGACACAAAUAUGGCGUAUUUGAUAAAAAUUACUUGUAUGUUGUAGACUACAUUAUUUCAAUAUCCCUCUUUAUCACCUCACAAAACAUUCUGAAUAGAAUGUGUAUCAUAAUACGACUAAUAUUUGUCAUGUAAUCUUCGAACUCAUACCUUCAUCGUAAACCUCAUGCUCGCUUCAACGAAGACGAGUUAAAAUCUUUAGAACGCAGCAUAAAUGUAUUUUACGCGUAUAAUACAUACAAAAUAUGAGGUAUUAAAUCCGUAGUUUGAGAAGUUUGAUCAAGCAAAAACUUACAACGAUUACAUCUUUGUAUUGCCUUGCUAAAUCAAAAGUAUCUCUUUAAUAAACGAAAGUGUUUUCCUAGAGCAAUAUCGAAGAAUAAAAUUGCCAAAAAAUUAGAAAUCUGUUAGCAGAUUAUACAACUAUGCUUAUGGAAGAGAUCAUAGGCAAGCCAUAAUCUAAGUACGUCAUCGAUUUACUUAAAUGAGAUGUAUAAACGACGUCUUUUUCUCUUUAUGUAUUCCUACUUACAAACCCACUUUCUUCGUUUUCAUUCUUACCUUACAAAUAAACAAAAAAGGAAAAAAAAAUUGUUUUAAAAAAAAAAAGAAGAAAAAACAAA